AUGACUGCCGUCGCGAAUCCUCCUACCUUUCCGCAAAUCUCCCGGCCGCCAUGGGGCACUAUUAAUGGCAACAAUCAGGUGAAUACAGAGGAUGUGCGAGGAAUGUUCAUGACCCGCAAGAGUCUGUCGCGAAGCAACUCAUCCUCGUCCAUUUCCUCCAACGCCUCAAAUACCACCGUUGCGACGAACGGCUCACACUCCAAUGCCACAUCGCUGUCGUCCGCUUCAGAUUUGAGCCAGUGGUCGAAUGGCAGCGCGAACCGCAAGAGACCCCAACCCAAGAACCCCUGGCCAGCCGGCAAAGAACCAGACUUUUCGAGACUUCCCCAAGGACGGCCCAACGGCAUGGGGCCGUCCCACGGCGCCAUGCAGCAAGCCGGGCAGGGACAGCCGCAAAUGGGACCUCAGGGCAUGAUGCGACCCAUGGGGCCCAGCGAGCAGCCGUUUCCUCCCGGCCAGCCUAUGCUGUAUCUGCUUUCUCUAAACGGCACAUUUGAGCGCAAGACCAUCGCCGUACCUUUCGCCCCCGAAUCUAUACGAAUCGGCCGGCAGACGAACCAAAAGACGGUACCGACUGCUACGAAUGGCUUCUUCGAUAGUAAAGUGCUAUCGCGGCAGCAUGCCGAAAUCUUUGCCGAACGAAACGGUAAAAUCUACAUCCGAGACGUUAAAUCCUCCAACGGCACCUUUGUCAACGGCACUCGAUUAUCUCAGGAGAAUCGCGAAUCAGAACCACACGAGCUCCAGACGGCCGACCAUCUGGAACUCGGUAUUGAUAUUGUUAGUGAAGACCAAAAGACCGUCGUUCACCACAAGGUUGCCGCAAAGGUCGAACACGCCGGGUUUUUGAAUACGUCAAACAACGUCUUGGAUAUGAACUUUGGAGAUUUAGAUCCUGCCAACAACGCCAUGAUGAUUCCUGCUGGCGCAAUGCAAAUGCGGGGACGCGCUGGAAGUAACGUAUCUAUGGGUGGCAACGGCCGCAUGAUGGUUAAUGGCGGUACUGUAAACGGCCAUAUGAACGGAAUGGCGCAACAACGCUCUUUCUUCCUAACGCCUAUUGCUACGGAUCAGAUUCUGAAGCGUCUUUCAAAUGAAAUGAGAAGCGCCAAACUCCAGGCCCAAGAUUUGAGCCGUACGAAUCAGUUCAUCAACACCCUUUUGUCAAAAGAGGACCUAAAAGAUCUCGAAAAAUCAGAUGCGCCAGAGCCAACCAAACAACCCCAGACCAUGGUUAACGGCAAUAACCUCUCCUUCCGAGCAGAUCCCAAGGCUCGUUUCUCCGAUCCCCCUGCACCACCGCCUCAGCAGCCUCUUCCCGAAAAGCCUGAUGUACCGUCCCUUAAGAGAGGUUCGUUGGAAAGGCCAAGGCUAGACUCGGCAAACUCAUCGCCGAUUCGCCAAGAAAAUCUGAACCAGAUCAUACAGCUCACCGAAGCGCUUAAUAUGGCGAAGCGAGAUAUUGAUACCCAGACGGCGCGUAUGCGUGAACUAGAAAUGAUGCUGCAAAAGGAGCGAGAGGCACGUGAGCUUGCUGAGGAACUGGCCAGGCGUCUUGAAGAGUCUGCCAAUAGUCAGGUCAACGGCGUUGAGUCUCAUGACGAGCUUGAGAAAACUCAGGAAUUAUCGCAGGGAGACAUUGCAGACGACUCAAAGACGGUGCUCCCAGAGCUAGAAGAAGUCUCCCCAGCGGACAAGGUUGCCCAGGAGACUGCGGUAGCGCUACAAUCUCGCAUCGACACUAUGGAUGAGCAAAUGCGAGAGCUGAAAAUGCAGAUGGAGCAGUGGCGGAGUCGAUGUGAAAGUGCCGAGGCAGAACGCGAUUCCGGCCGGAAAACUCUCGAAGAAAUGGUCAUCCAAUUGCGUGAAGAGGAGGCCAAGCGCGUUGCGGCCGAGGAACGACGGAGGUCACGCUCAAGAUCACUUCGCCGCGACCAAAAUGGGGCAGCACAGAAGAGCGCUGCUUCUCCUGCUCCCGAAGCUGCCACGCCGGCAGUAAAACAAGAGAGAUCUUUGACUAAUUCUAGUCAAGAUUCGGCAGACAUGCCAAACCUGUCAAGGGCCAAUACUAUUACGCCUCAAACCUCACCCAGAGGCCCUCUACAGAACCAGCAUUUGAGAGCUGGUAUCCCCUACGCCUCCAUGCUUGGUGUGGUGUUAAUUGGCAUGGGAUUGAUGGCAUACAUUAACGGAUGGCAGCCAUCCUCGCCUCAA